CCUUCCUCGUGCCGUGCAUGGGGCGACUGCGAACUACACUACUACGCAUUGUUUUCCUUCCAAAAGGGAAACUGCCAGACUAACUAACAGACGGACGACUGACGACGCCAUCCGUCAUUGUCCAGACAGAACCAGGCAGUGUUAGCUGUCCGUCUGCUCGUCCGUCAAAGCUCCAAGAGCUGUCCAAGACUUUUGCGGCACCUUGCGCUCUCUCUCAUUUUGCACACUUACUUAUCUGGCCCUCGCGCUGCUUGGCCCUCUUCUUGGGUCACGCCUUUGCACGCCGCCGUUCUCUUGGCUUUUCCUUGGUUUUUCUUGCCUCAAACUCCCCCAGUCCGCCAUUGCGCACCAUGCGCGCCCUUCUUUCUUUUGACCUCUUCCUAGCUCGCUGACGCUCUCUGCGGUCGCUUCUGAAGGCGAAGGCGAUUUCGCCCUUCUUAUGAGCCCCGCCCCCAUCCCACAUUUUCCACACCGGCAAGCAUCUUCGCUUGCCGAUUGUCUGCUGCUUGUUGUUCACCAUCCCGGGGUAGCUCUGAGCCCCGGUCUGCCUUCCUUUGUGCACUCUCGUCCGGCUCCAGUUCUGGCCGAUCCUCUCCUUGCAUCUUUUGCUGGCCUGCGAGGCUCGCACACACGAAGAGCCCUCGUGCCGCAACAGCACCAGCAUCUCAGAGCGCCCAGUUGUUCUAUGUCGGCGGCAUGUCGAGGCCAUUUGCUGUGCUGGCCGUCUCUGCCGGCUUAUUACUGCUUGCGCCACCCGCCAAUGCCGCCGGCACCGUCCAAUGGGACAUCCACAAGCACCACCCCAAGGCGAGGUUCGGCAGGCGCACAGCAGAUACCCACGAGGGCACCAUCACGAACGAGCUGACCAGGGGUGGCUACUUCGCAAAAUGCUCCAUGGGCAAUCCUCCCCAGGAGUUGACUCUGCAGCUCGACACCGGCAGCAGCGAUAUCUGGGUCCCCUGGAACCUGGCAUCUGUGUGCGAGGCCGAGAGGUGCACCCUUGGCAACUUUGAUCCGAAAGCCUCGUCGACCUUCACCGACGCCGGGAAAGGCACCUUUGACAUUUCGUAUGUCGACGGUAGCUUCGCCAAUGGCGACUACUUUAUGGACUCUUUCGAGAUUGCAGGCGCCACCGUGACCAAUGUCACAAUGGGCCUCGGCCUAAACACCACCAUCACCUACGGGCUGGCUGGAGUCGGCUACAUGUUGAACGAAGCAAUAGUCGACACCGAAAACUCCACCGAGGCCGCCUAUCCCAACCUCCCCGUGGUCAUGGUGAACGAGGGCCUCAUAAAUACCAACGCCUACAGUCUGUGGCUCAACGACCUCGACUCAAGCAAGGGCAACAUCCUCUUCGGCGGCGUAGAUACGGAGAAGUACGUGGGCAACUUGACAAGAAUCGACAUACUGGUGAAUAACAAAACCAACGUUUACGACUCCUUUCUGGUCCCCGUCACGUCGUUACUUGCUGUUAGCGAGAGCGGCACCGACAUCCUGACAUCGACCGAGUACCCAAUCGACGUUGUUCUCGACUCUGGCACGACCCUCAGCUACCUGCCCAACGAUAUUGCAGAGCAGAUAUGGAGAGAAGUCGGCGCUACCUACACCCCUGACGUUGGACUCGCCCUGCUGCCAUGCCGGAUGCAAGCUAGCAAGGGCCACUUUUCAUUUGGCUUUGCAGGUCCAGAAGGUCCAAGGAUCAAUGUGUCCAUGGACGAGCUUGUGCUUGACCUUGUCACCUCCGGACCGGCGCCAACCUUCACCUCUGGACCUUUCGAAGGCGAGGAUGCGUGCGAGUUUGGCAUCCAGAACUCGACCAAGAGCCCAUUCCUGUUGGGCGACACAUUUCUCCGCAGCGCAUAUGUGGUCUACGACCUGCAGAACAACGAAAUCGGCAUCGCGCAGACUGAUUUCAACGCAACCGCAUCAAACAUUGUUGCUUUCGAGGGAAACGGCUCUACUAUCCCGUUCUCUACCUUGGUCAUUAAUCAGAACCUGACCAGUUCGACGACGGCUGCGUCCCCUUCUUUCGCGGCUGAGAGUGGCUUCGGGGCAGGGACAGAGAACGCGGCCUCCGCCUUGCCAAUUGGAUUACAACAAACGCUCUCAGUGGGUUUCGCUAUGCUCAUUCUUCUUUUUGCGUAGAGCAGAGCGCUGCUCGUGGUUCCACAAAAAAACAACCCUCUUUUAUCACUCAGCCGGCCACUCAUUUUGGCCCACUUUACACCUUAUACCCGACAGGCACGCAAAUUGAAUUGUGCGCGGUCUGAACUGGAGAACGACUGCAAGACAAAGCAUUAACAUUAUUUACUCCCUAUGGCUCAAGCCGUAUUUGUUUCGCAACGAGUUGCAUCUCAGGUGUUGGGGCAGGGAAGCAAGCAAGCAUUGGUUCGGCGUUCCUUUUGAAGAAAAAAUUGAUCACUUAAGGAUAAGGUCACGGGAUGCCUGCGUGCUGCCAGGCAGGUUCAAUAGAUACCCAGAGAGACUCAUUGCCGGUCAAAAUAUCAUAGAACAUGCUUCUGAGAGGGCGACAUGUCCUGUCAGGAGCCAAUAAUGAGCAAAUGCAUGAAA